AUGGUCUACAUGCAGCAAAUACCUGGGUAUGAAUUAAAACAAGAGAACAAGGUCUUAAAGCUAAACAAGGCAUUGUACGGGUUACACCAGUCGGCAAGGGAAUGGAAUAAUUGCUUGACUGAAGCCAUAAAGCAAUUAGGUUUUGAGCAGUGUGUGUCUGAUGCAUAUUUGUUUAAGAAAGGCUCAGGAUCAAAGACAUGUUUUAUUCUUAUUUAUGUUGAUGAUAUUUGCUUGUUAACAAACAACCAGGAUGAUAAAGAGUACUUUGAGGAGCAAUUAAGCAGUCGCUUUAAACCGAAGUUUAUGGGGUCAAUAAGCAAUUGUGUGAAGGUUAGCAGAGACUCUGAAGGGAUGUUUUCUUUGUCUCAAGCCGAUAAGAUAAAACAGCUACUGGUGAAGUUCAGUAUGCAGGAUUCAAACACCGUUGACACCCCUAUGGUACCAGGAUAUGUAAGCAGUGAAGCAGAAGCACAAGAGUGUGAUAAGAAGAGUUCAUUUUAUGAAACGGUUCAGAGCUUCGCACAAGUGGAGAAUGUACAUAUGGAUUCCUACACAUACAGCCACAGAUGGAAACGGCGUUCAGUCUCUCUCAAGCCAGUGGACACCAACAGAGCCAGUAUGGGGCAGGACUCCUCAGAACCUGGAGGUUUCACAGGUCUGCUGCUUGAUGACACGCAUGACAACGCUACACAGAUUGAGGAGGAUAUGGACCACAAUUACUACACUUCUAGGACCUAUGGCCCAUUUGAUUCUACCAGCCGAGAUCUGUGGGUGAACAUAGACCAAAUGGAAAAAGAUAAAGUGAAGAUCCAUGGGAUCCUGUCCAACACACAUCGACAAGCAGCGAGAGUGAAUCUGUCCUUCGAUUUUCCAUUUUAUGGUCAUUUCCUACGUGAAAUUACAGUGGCAACUGGGGGCUUUAUAUAUACAGGAGAAAUUGUGCAUCGAAUGCUAACAGCUACACAAUACAUCGCUCCCUUGAUGGCCAACUUCGACCCUAGUGUUUCAAGAAAUUCAACUAUCAGAUAUUUUGAUAAUGGUACUGCGCUGGUAGUCCAGUGGGAUCAUGUACAUCUACAGGAUAAUUACAAUCUGGGCAGUUUCACAUUUCAAGCAACACUUCUCAGUGAUGGGCGUAUAAUUUUUGGCUAUAAGGAGAUUCCUGUAUCAGUGACACAGAUAAGCACAACUAAUCACCCUGUGAAAGUGGGGCUGUCAGAUGCAUUUGUAGUAGUCCAUAGGAUCCAGCAAAUUCCCAAUGUCCGUAGGAGGACAAUAUAUGAGUAUCAUCGAGUGGAACUUCAGAUGUCAAAGGUCACCAAUCUGUCAGCUGUUGAGAUGAUUCCUCUGCCCACCUGUCUCCAAUUUGAUAGCUGUGAUCCCUGUGCUAUGUCUCAGAUUGGCUUCAACUGUAGCUGGUGUAAUAAACUCCAAAGAUGUUCCAGCGGAUUUGAUCGUCACCGGCAAGACUGGGUUGACAAUGGAUGCCCUGAAGAGUCUAAAGAUAAGAUGUGUGAGAAGAAUGUAGACACAACCGAAAUGCCUCCCCACACCACUAUUGCGAUACAGAAAACUACAAUGAGAUUCAGAGUUUUAACCACUACCAAAGGAGCCUCAACAUCGCAUCUGCCAACUAGCCUGCCCACAGAAGAUGAUACCAAGAUAGCUCUACACCUAAAAGAUAAUGGAGCCUCAACAGAUGACAGUGCAGCAGAGAAGAAAGGUGGAACUCUUCACGCUGGCUUAAUUGUCGGAAUUUUCAUCCUGGUCCUGAUUGUGGCAGCCGCUGUACUUGUGACAGUUUACAUGUACCACCAUCCAACAUCAGCAGCGAGUCUUUUCUUUAUUGAGCGUCGUCCGAGUAGAUGGCCUGCGAUGAAAUUUCGAAGAGGCUCUGGCCACCCUGCAUACGCUGAAGUGGAACCAGUUGGCGAGAAAGAAGGCUUUAUUGUAUCGGAGCAAUGCUAGGAUUUCUGUGGCAGAUCACCAGUACUGGCUUACAGGUGUAAGACGUUUUAUCUGCCUCUCACUUAAAGGAAAGGAAACCUAAACUGCUGUAACCUGAGAGAGACAAAAUAGAUUUCUCGGUAAACUUUCUCCAAGA